UUGCUGUAUUCAGUGGAACGUAUCCAGCGGGCAAUAGGAGCAGCAGAUUUCCAUUCAGAAAUUGCUUCAGAACAUAACACGUAUCACAAUCCAUGUCGGUCUAUUCAUCCCUUCCAGUUUCCACCGUCAAGGGAAGAAUCGUUCGAGCCUGCCCGCAACUUUGUUCUGUCCCUCCCAAUAGGGGUUGCAGAUGAAGUGUUUGAUUAUUUUACGCAAUGAACGAAUUUGGGUUUCAUUCUGAUUCUAUACUUGGGCCUUUUUGAAUAGACUCCUUGGCUCUUGAAAACUUCUUGAUUCUAGUUGGGCAAAAUGGAUGAGGAGUCUCACAGGGUUGUGUUGAAUCUGUAUGACCUCAGCCGCGGAUUGGCUCGACAGUUCUCCGCGACAUUGUUAGGGAAACCCAUGGAAGGCAUAUGGCACACUGGCAUUGUAGUGUAUGGCAACGAAUACUACUAUGGUGCUGGAAUACAACAAACUCUUUCGGGAAAUACACCAUUUGGAACGCCAAUCUGUGUCAUGGAGUUGGGUUUCACACAUGUUCCGGAAGAUGUCUUCGAAGCGUAUUUGAUCGAAAUCAGCCCUCGUUAUACAGCUGAAACUUACAGUUUGCUGGGUCACAAUUGCAACAACUUUAGUAAUGAGGUUGCUCAGUUUUUAGUUGGCUCAACCAUCCCAGAUUAUAUUCUGCAGCUUCCCAAUGAAGUUUCCAACAGUCCCAUUGGCAGACUCAUGUUGCCAAUGAUUCAGAACCUCGAAACAACUUUGAAAUCUGGUGCAGUUCCUAAAAUUCCAGAGGUUAGCAGUAGACAACCUACUUCAAGUUCAGCUUCUAUACCAUUCUUGGAUUCUAAUGUUGGAGAAUUAGGCGGCGAUGGUGUUGGGCUGAAUUCGACAUCUCUGGCUGUAGAGCCUGAUGCAGAGGCUGGGCAGCAGAAGUUGGCUGGGAAGACAGUUGAUGAAACCCUGCUCAGGGAUGCUCGAGCCGUGAUACGAGACACUAUCAGCCGUGAAUUUGCAUCAAUCGUGGUGAGCGGGAAGUUCCGUGCAAGAGAAGCUGCUACACUUGCAGCUAGGAGAGUGAUGAACAGAUAUGGUAAUAGUAAUACAAGUUCGUCAGCAUCACAGGAUUAGAAGGUAUUAAAGGCCAUCCUUCUCCCUCCAAUGUGGUUCAGGGAUGCAAGUAGUUAAAAUUUUGCAUGCACAGGGAAUAUUAUUGAAAUAAUAACUGCUAAUCUGCUAAGAUUAAACAUAAUAAGCUCGUCUAAUAACAACUUCGUUUUUAGUCUUGGAAUGCUGAAGAGAGACGUUAUCGAACGGGAUCCAGCCUCAAGUUGCUACAUGCAUUUCGACUCGAAGGAAAUAUGAGUUGUUUUGAUUAUGAGUA